CUGACCAGUCCGAGUUGCUCGCUGACCUUUCGCAUAAAAGAAGAAUGCUGAUGGCACCAUUGCUCUUCACUACACAGACAGAACAAUCGGACUGAUUGUCGGUUGAGAACCAGUCCGCUGUGGGCUGGCUGGCGCCCCGUCGGCUGGUAGCGCAGGCUGCCAGAGUCCAGAAAAUGGACGGAAGCUUCCCCAGCUUCUUUCCCCGCAAACAACUUCGCAUCCAAACCCCCGGCAUCACUCGCUCCCUCUGACUGCCGUAUGCCAAGUAACACUACGCCCUUGGCGGUUCCUUGGCGGUUUUUCUUAGCCAGAACCUGACUUCUUGGUCCAAAGACAACUCGGUACGACAUUGUAGCGGAAAAGCGAAGGGGGCCUGCGGAGGGCUGACAACCUGUAAGACACCCCUACACCCCGUACCGUGCGGUUGGGCCUCUGGGAUCGUCCCGGCCACGGGUGAUACCAGCCCGUCCAGACUCAGCCCAAACUUCGUUCCUCCGAUGGCACCAAAAGGGCACCGAUCCAUGACCACUUAAAGAAGCCAGCCCCCACUUGGUCCACGCCAAACUGAUAACAGACCAAAGUCAACCUUGUGUUUCUUAGAACCAUCCAAAUUCUACCAUCCCAUCCCAAUCUCCCCUUCCCCUAACAGCCAUAACUGCUCCACAAGCAUCAGACGUUGGAUCAGACCGACAGACCAUAGAAACAUGACCUGACCCUCAAUGUACCCACGACAACCCAAGUUCCUCCACGAAAAACCUCCAUAACACUACCUUUCAUCCCAGCAUCCGGCGCCAUUUACAUUUCAAGCAACAGACAUCAUGACAUCAGACGCGGCGAACAUUGCUGUCAGAGAGCGGAGACGUCAGUCGGCCCCAGCGGACUUGGAGCGACGCAACAUCAUGAAAGCCCUGACUGCCGCCGAACACUCUCGACGCCAGUUCAUCCUUAACUAUGCAGCAAGUAAAGACACUUCGCUGCUGAUGCCGGGAAAGAAGUCAGAUGUCGUCAAGCUAUCGGAGCAAUGGGUGGUUGGAUGGCUUCACCAGAACAACCUUAACCCCGUCAGCAAUGAAUUCUUCAAGUACACUGUUGACACCCACCUCUGGUCCACCUACGUCGGAAACGCGGUGGAAUUCCCGUUCUCCUUUAUGCUCCCAGUUGACGACUCCACUGCCACCAGCCCCGUCAGUCGGCGGGAAUCCGAUAGCACCCAGGUUCGUCCCCUCAGCGAGGUGGACUCCUUGGACAAGGCCCAGACCAAGGAGAGCACACAGAGCGAAGAACAAACUUCAUCCCAGCGCAAGGCAGACACGCGGCAGCUCCCCGUGCUUUCAGCUCAAACAGCCGCCAAGCAGUGGUCGUCCAUGAGGAAACGGCAGUCGCCAACAGUGAGAGAGGUGCGGGCAGGAGAGGAGGACAAAAAACGGAGCUUUUCGUUGACGAGUAUUGACGACCUCAAAAUGACCAAGGCGAGCACCAAGAAAGUGCCUCUGUUUACCCGGUUGGGACGCUCAUGGUCACGACGGAUGUCUUCUACUUGACAUGCUUGAGCAAACAGUUCUGGAGUGACCGACGUAGCAUGCUGGAAUGCAUGCUGUCGUCUCACCGCCACUGCGUCGGUUGAGGUUCUGGGAGUGGAACCUGGAUCUCGAUCCAGCGGCCUAGCCAUCGGUGGAUGUUUUCGGAGUGGCAAAAGCCUGUUGUCUCUCCAACGGAACCCGGCAGACAACGUCUUCGUUCUCGACUGGAAGUGGUUGGGACCCACGGGAAGGGACAUAAUAGAUUUGCUUGGCUUUUGCUUGGUAUUGGGGAGUGUUUUCGGCGGUUGUUCUUGGCUGGAACACAAGCAUUUUCAGGGGGGGAUGCCGGAUGGGACGGCGGUGAGUGGGGGGUUACCGGGGCUGUGGAAGGUCCUUCAGCGGCUCAUGUUCUUAGUGAAAGUCCUUCCUGCUCUAAAUAUGAAUAUGUGGGCGGAACUUUGUAUAGUUAUGAAUGAUGCUAUGGAAUUCGAAGGUUAGGAUAAGCACCUAAGUACAGAUGGAAACAUAAGACUGUAGCCUUGUCACGACCUUGCUGGUAGUCUUCACU